AUGAGGGUUCUUCCAAAACGAUCUCGAAGGUCUAAGAAGGUCGAAGUGAGUCCUUCGAAACCAGUUCAAGAAAAGAAGAGCACUAAGUCUCCAAAGAAGAAACAAAAUGAAGAGCUUGUUGUUUCGAAGCCCUUGGAAAAGCCUGUUGAGCCGGAGUCUAUUGACCCUACUAAGGAAUUUUUCUCCUUCUAUGGUUCUCAAGCCACAUGUUACACGACAGGUCUUGUCAUCCGUGACGUUCCUAUUCCUAUUUCUUCAUCUACAAAGAAGCACCAAGAAGAAUACAUGGCAAAACGUAUUUCGAAGAAGCAGCAGAAGAAACUUCAAUAG